GGCUUUUUCCUGGUUUGGUUUUACCGGCCAAGGAGAGAGAGCAACCAGAAAAAAAAUGACUCUACAGACACGAGAAAUGAAGAAGGGUUGCUGACUGACGGAACCACAUUUGGCAAAAAGAGUGAAAGAGAUAACACGCGUGAACAGCACGCGAGGAAGGACCCCUCGCGCGUAUACUUCAUGUUCCGCGCUCCUUUUUAAAUUUGUACAAUCAGGAAAAAUGUUGCCUUCACCACAGGCAGCCCAAGCGCACUAUUUGUGGGUUCGGGCUUCAGAGGUCAUUUGGUGGGAAUAUACUAGAAUUAUUAGUGUAUUAUCUCAUGCCAAAUAAAUGCAAAAAGUCUUGAAGAUAUUAAGUCUUCUUGUUUGUCUAUCGGUACUAGUAGCCUUUAAGAUAACGAAAAUCGAUAUUCCUUGCAUUAUUACAUGUGAUUCGGGCCCUUAUUGAUCGAAUUUUAUCACAUGUAUUCGAAUCUACAACGCUAAGGGAAAAAAAAUCAUGAUCACGCGAAAUAUUGAUUCAAAAAGCUCCCUUACCUUUCGUUCAUAGCCACUCUGUGUCCUACGGCUGGUUUAAACGCCGUUUAGUCGACUUUCUUUCCAUCAGUACUCGAUGGAAAGAAAGUCGAUCAAUAAGGGCCCGAAUCACAUGUAAUAAUGCAAGAAAUAUCGAUUUUCGUUAUCUUAAAGGCUACUAGUACCGAUAGACAAACAAGAAGACUUCAUAUCUUUAAGACUUUUUACAUUUAUUUGGCAUGAGAUAAUACACUAAUAACUCUAGUAUAUUCCCACCAAAUGACCUCUGAAGCCCGAACCCACAAAUAGUGCGCUUGGGCUGCCUGUGCCUUCACACUUUACACUAUAAGCCCUUUGCUGCUAUAGCAAGUAUCAAGCAAUGGUAAAUUGAAAAUAAGAAAAAAUAAGUCGAAAAAAUGCUGACCAUAAAUGGGAGAUAAAUAAUCGCAAUGAAAAUCGUCUUAAUGUCACGCGCGACUCACUUCCGAAGCUUUUAGAGACGAAAACAUAAAGAAUGCCAAAAUUGGUCAGGUUAAGUUUCAUAGACCGGACGUCUUAACGCUUAAGUGAUAGCGUGACCGGAAACUUCGAUAGGCGUGUAUCCAGUCACAAAGGGCUCACACAAGACUUGAAAUGGACAGAUUUGGUUAUUAUAGGGAAUUUUCCUUUUCUAUUAAUUAGUAUAAGAAGGGGUUACCCGGCUGGUUUUAUCAUCAGUAAAUCAGCAUCUCUCGGAAGAACGACCAAAGACGAAACAGAUCAGCCUCAGAAUGGAAAUAAUAGGAAGGGUAGGCCUCAAAAACUCAGGAAAAGUAUUCGGCGUACAGCGUACAGAACAUUGGAAAACAAAGCUCAGCAAAGGAAAUGAACUAGUGAGGGGCGUGAAUGGAGUAAAGAGGAAAGAGGAAAGACAAGGAAAGUUAUCCAAAGUAGUCAAACAAAAAACAGAGGUAAGCAUUCAGACAGCAACUAAUCCGUCUUUUAGUAUAUCCCUAAUUGUUUUAUAAUUUUGGUCCUGAAAAUUAUACUCCGAUCGUCAAAAAGAGAAGUGGAAAAAAUUUGGUAAUACUUUCACUUUUUACUUUUCUUAAGAAGGGAACGCUCGCCACCUAAAUCUCACUUGAGCGUUACUGACUCGGGACAGGCUAGGCCACAAAAGGAGCGGAAUACUUUUAAUAGUUUUUCUGACUACCACUCAGUUGGAAAUAAAGAAAGACAGACUUGGACUUUUUUAAACGGACUCAGUGUUUGUUCAAAGUUUUAUCUGUAGUUUUGUAAAACGUAGUCUACCUGGUGCUCUAGAACGUUUUGACGGCUUUUAGUAAACAGUGUCAAGCGUAUUGCUGAUUUAGUUUUUGGCCCAUAAUCUUUUGAUUAAGUAUCAGAGUAGUGAUGGCAUGUACCGACGUGACGAAAAAUUAGAUGCUAUUAUAUCAUUAUAAAUAUACUCGGCGGCUUAUGGUCUAAGGUUUGCUAAUCAGUAAUCAAUUUGAAAUUAAAGAGGUCAUCAGUAUCCGAGACGUAUGUUGCGGAAGUAGUAGCAUUACCGUAUAGCUUAGCAUACCGUAUGAAAAACUUCCUUCACUAAAAUGGAUGUUUUUUUUUCCCAGCCGGAGGAAAGAAAGGACCUUUUCCCGCGACCCACCGCAGUCAAAACUGGGAACUCGCCAUUGAGCAGUGACGUCAACACAGCGUUCAGGACAAUUCUGGAGUAUCUGAAGAAAGCUAUGUCCGUCUGCAGUUUGAAGGCAAAAUUGUCAUUCAAGGACUACUCAGUGAGCGUCAACAAACCGUGUGAGUUCGUGGAACUCGUAAAAUGCUGCCUCGUCCUGGACGCGGAGAAAAGACAAGUCAAGUUUAAAAUUCACAAGGGUGUCGCCAUUUCCGCUAUUAAUGCUUGUAUUCCUCCCCCGGUGAAGAAAGCAAAAUCUGUGAUACGCGCUGCCAUAAAACGCAUCCCCCUGCAGAAUCAGACAGCAAUCACUAAGCUGUUUAGCGCCAUCUUUAAAGUACUGGCGACCAAGCAAGACCGAGAUUACGUCACCAUGUCUCAAGAUGACGUCAUUGAUAAUGACAUGUCGUUUGAACAAUUGAUGUCAAGCAAUAAACUUUAUUCCACGCUCGUGGCCCUUGAUCUCAAGAUUUUGUGUUCCAAAAGCGUGGUCGUGGAGCUGAAAAGACGACAAAUCUUGGCUGGAAUACGAAGAGGGAGGGUGGUUCUAGACGCCAGCCAAGGUCUGCAGAUAUUCAAGGAACCUCGUGUCUUUAUGAGAAGCGAGGAGGUUCAGGUUGCCUUGGUGACCCUAGCAAAGUGGGUCUCUUCACAUCAACAAUUCGGUGUGUUGCAAAAUGUUUUAGAAGUUGUGAAAUGCUUACAGGCCGUAACUAAUUACAGAGGCAAGCAUUGA